AACAUCAGUGGAGUAGAGAGGAAAAUAGAAAUUGUUCUCUUUAAAAAGCUGUUUUUUAAAUUAUAAACUAUAACUAGCCUGGAAUUGUAGAUCUAACUAAUACUCUAGCAAAUGUCUUUCAAUUUACCAUACAAAGAACAUGGAAAUAAUUUCAUUUUAAUUAUGUUACUCUAUAUUAUCCUAUAAUCAGAAACUGGAAAAGUGAGUGUCUGAGUCAGAGGCUUUAUAUUCCAGGGUAACGCAAAGAACACUUUCAGACUCACCCAGCCAGCUGUUAACUUCCUCUAUGAAGACAAUAAGGUGACAGAACAUAAGAAGGUAGAUAAACUUUGAAGAGAGUGACAGAAAAAAGAGAAAGCAGGCUGUGUUCAGUUUCACAAUGGUCUCUCUUGCUGCAGCAAAUGCAGAAUUUUGCUUCGAUCUGUUCAAAGAGAUGAAUACAAAUCAAGGAACUGGCAAUGUCUUCUUUUCUCCCCUAAGUCUAUUCAUUGCUCUCUCCUUGGUGCGGAUGGGCUCCAGAGGUGAUUGUGCAAAGCAAAUUGAUAAGGUUCUUCAUUUUCACACGGACCAAGGAUCUUCGAAUUCUGGGGGACUCCAAUCCCAGAUGAAAACACUUCUCUCAGAAAUAAACACAUCAAGCAAUGAUUAUCAACUCAAAAUUGCCAAUGGUCUGUUUGCAGAAAAGAUAUUUGAUUUUCAAGAGAAUUUUUUAAAAUGUGCUGGAAGCUUAUAUAAUGCCAAAAUACAGCGUGUAGACUUUACAGCUGAUGUAGGAAAAACCAGGGAUGAGAUUAACCAAUGGAUGGAGAAUCAAACAAAUGGCAAAAUCAAGGAUAUCUGUCCAGUGGGUACCAUUAGUUCAUCGGCAGUAAUGGUGCUAGUGAAUGCUGUGUACUUCAAAGGGAAAUGGGAUGGGGCAUUCACUAAAAGUGAAACCAUAACUUGCCGUUUCAAGUCCUCCAAGUGCCCUGGGAAAACAGUUAAUCUCAUGCAUCAAGAACGCAAGUUUAACAUGACUAUCAUUAAUGACCCAGAUAUGCAGGUCCUUGAGCUCAAAUAUGUUGGUGGAAUAAGCAUGUACAUACUACUACCUGAAAAUAGUCUAUCAGAGGUUGAAAAUAAACUGACAUAUCAGAAUUUAAUGAAUUGGACCAGUCCCAAAAGAAUGAAGUUGCAGUCUGUGGAAGUAUUUAUCCCUCGCAUCAGGAUUGAAGAAACUUAUCAAAUCAAAAGAUACUUAAAAACUCUGGGAAUGACAUAUGCCUUUGAUGAAUCAAAAGCAGAUCUUUCUGGAAUUGCCUCAGGAGGUCGUUUAUAUUUGUCAAAAAUGUUGCACAAAUCCUACAUAGACAUUACUGAAGAUGGCACUGAGGCAGCAUCUGCCACGGGAAAUGUCAUUGUGGAAAAACAGCUCCCAGAUUCUGCUCUAUUUAGAGCUGAUCACCCAUUCCUGUUUAUCAUCAGAAAGAAUGAUAUCAUUUUAUUUGCUGGCAAAGUCUUAUGCCCUUGAAAUCUAGGAGAUAGAGUGUGUGUGUGUGUGUGUGUGUGUGUGUGUGUGUGUGUGUGGUUGUGAUGACUUUCUGCUUAAAUUGUGAGUUUCAUGAGUGAACAACCAUAAGUGGAUAGAAUUAUAAUCAAAUGGAAGGGCCUGGUGUUUCCUUUAUAUUACCUUUCUCCCAAUAUUGGCUUCAUUACUUAAUUUAAAAAAUGAUUGGCAAGCACACAAACUUACUGACUCACUACUGCCCAAUCCACUUUCUGACCCAUCCAUUUCAUUGAUAACCCAAUGGCUACCAUUUUCCUUACCUCUAAGCACAGCUUCCAUCUAGUCUCUCAAAUUAUGUAUAAUGACAAAAGAGGAAUAUUCAAAGUAAAUUUCUAGGCAGUUUCCCUUAACUUUUCAGAUACCACAGGAAUUUUAAUUUGAUCAUAUUCUAGGAAGCCAAUACAUUAGAUUUUAAAUAAGUCCAAAGGACAACUUUUAUUUUGCUAAUCUGAGAUCAUGCCAGAAUUCUCUUUAACAUAGCUACUCUAGUUCAUAGUUCUAAAGUAUAAAUUGGAAUUUACAAAAUUCUACCUUUUUUCUUUUUUUAAAAUGAGAACAAAAAGAAAUCCCAAUACGUAAAUAAAUUCAAGGUGAUGGCUAUCUGUCUCUUUCUACUAGGUGAAACACGUGGAAGACUAAAGUUGUAUAUAUUCUUUUGUUUUCUUUUUUCCUAGAACUCAUGUUCAUUAAUUAAAUCUUAUUAUUUCUCUUGUUUCAUUUGGUAUAUUACUAAUUGAUGUUUUCAAAAUGUCUUAUUUGAGAUAUUCUCUAGUUCAUAAGAUUUUGUUUCAUUUGCCAGAAUAAAGAAUCAAUGGAUUCUCUUGACUGGGUGAAAGGGGUACCUAUUUCAUUGAAUAAACUUGCUUUCUGAA